AUGGCAUUAGUUAGAUUUGUUUCGCACUCUGUCAGCAUACAUAUCCUUAUCCAACAUGAAGUUCGUGAUUGUUCUCGCCUGCCUUCUGGCCCUCGCCUAUGCCAACGAAGAGGCUGAUGUCCUGAAGAGCGAUUCCGAAGUAAACGUUGAGGACUUCAAAUAUGCGUAUGAACUCUCCAACCAUAUUAAGGCUAUCCAGUCAGGUGUGCUGAAGGAACAUGACAACUGGGUUGUCUCUGGCGAAUACGAAUAUGUGGCUCCCAAUGGCCAGCUGGUCAAGGUUGUCUACACUGCUGAUGAAACCGGCUAUCACCCAAAGGUCGUCGAGGCAUAAGCUCCUAAACAAU